CCAUUGGACCACCCUGUUGCCUCCCCGACUCCCAAUUUUAACGCCUUCGUCCUUGGUCUCUCCCCACUUGAGCCACUUCCCAAUUCAAUUCAUCGUUUUCGCUGCAAGCGAGAGGGGCGACAGCGACACAGAGGAGGAGAGGGCGUAUAGUUUUACAAAAUAAGGAUGGCGUCAACUGAGUCAUCACGCGAGGAAAAUGUUUACAUGGCCAAAUUGGCAGAACAGGCUGAGAGAUACGAAGAGAUGGUUGAAUUCAUGGAGAAAGUGGCAAAGACCGUGGAUGUUGAAGAGCUGACUGUGGAGGAAAGGAACCUCCUUUCUGUGGCGUACAAGAAUGUGAUUGGGGCUAGGAGGGCUUCCUGGAGGAUUAUAUCUUCCAUUGAGCAGAAAGAGGAAAGUCGUGGUAAUGAAGAUCAUGUUUCCACUAUCAAGGAGUACAGGGGAAGGAUUGAGGCUGAGCUCAGCAAGAUCUGUGAUGGCAUUCUAAGCCUUCUUGUGUCCCAUCUCAUUCCUUCUGCGUCAUCUGCAGAAUCCAAGGUGUUCUACCUUAAGAUGAAGGGUGAUUAUCACCGGUACUUGGCAGAGUUUAAGGCCGGGGCUGAGAGGAAGGAAGCUGCUGAGAGCACAUUGUUAGCUUAUAAGUCUGCUCAGGACAUUGCAUUGGCUGAGUUGCCUCCUACUCAUCCAAUAAGGCUGGGGCUUGCACUUAAUUUCUCCGUUUUCUAUUAUGAAAUCCUUAACUCACCUGAUCGUGCUUGCAGUCUUGCAAAACAGGGAAAACGAUGUGUGAUUAAAUUUCAAAAAGGAAAACGAUGCACGAUUAAAUUUCAUAAUCUCUCUCUCUCUCAUUCAUGGAAUAUGAUCCAUCUUCAAAAGGGAAUGAAAAAAGAACGAGUUUGCUAUUAUACUUCUAUAAUAGCUUUUGAUGAAGCUAUCUCCGAGCUGGACACAUUGGGUGAGGAAUCAUACAAGGAUAGCACAUUGAUCAUGCAACUUCUACGAGACAAUCUGACAUUGUGGACUUCAGAUAUCACGGAUGAAGGUGCGGAUGAGAUCAAGGAAGCUUCAAAACCCGAGUCCGGAGAGACACAGCAGUGAUAAAGUUUGCAGGGGAUGUACUCUGCACCUUUCCGUUGUGACCUUGAUAUAGUUGCAUUUGGUGGUCUUAGAAAACCUUUUUAAAUUUGAAGAUCGUGCCACUAUGCUUGGCUUGUACUUGUUCUUAUAGGUUUAUAAGCUUGUUUCUUUUGAUUGAAUAUGGAUUUGAUCCAUGAUGGCUCCAUCAUGUGGGAUAUAUUUCCAGUGACAUCUAUUCUUCUUGGUUACCUCAACAGGCAGAUCUGUUGCUGUUGCUCUCUUCUGUUAUUGUACCGUUGAGAAGCCAUAGACAAUCACAAGAUAUUAUGCAGUGUAGUUUGUUGUGUGAAAUGAUUUUUUAGGGAUUAAUUGAAAACUAGUUGAUUCAAUAGGCUCUUCAUUAUAUUAACCUUACUGCUACUGAAUUGUUCGUGAUCCCAUCAGAUUUUAAAUUUAGAUAUUCGAAUUUAAAUUUGUUCA